CGCCACAGGAUCGGACUGCAUUCUUCGAAACACUUGCCGUUGGCCACUUCGAAAUGUUUUGCUUGAAAAGCGCGCCAUUGUUGCCAUUCAAUGGAUACAUCAUUCUGAUUCAUGGACCGUCCUUGUCAUUGAGGAGUUGAGCCUAGGCCCAGGGACGAGCCUUAACUGAGGCCUAAAAGUAUUCCCUUGGCCAGCUUGCUCGCGUCGCAUGCUAUCCCUCUUUAAGUCUUCUUUCUGGCUACCAUCUUUUCUUGAGCACACUGUAAGCACAGCGGUCCCCAUUGUACGCCGGGUAUAAAGUUUCGAACUGAUCUGCACCUUUGUUUCUUAUGCACGGUGGGCCGCUGCAUUGAGGAGGCAGGCAUGCAGCUCGUUGCAUGGUGACUAGGUAGUGAGAAAGUGUUGAACCUUCCCACGGGCUUUCAUUGCCUAUCUCGAUCAUGGCUGGAGGGAAGCGGAAAGCAGAGGAAGAACUAGAUAGAGGAGAUGGCUAUAAGAAUGGAGUGCGGGACGCCGAAGUUCCUUCGACUGGACCAAAGGCCCCUGAUAGCAGUAGGAAAGCAGACUGCCUAACCACUGUGACGGCAUUGAAUACACAGUUUGCCAGUUGGAUCCAGAAGCAGCAGCAGGACAGGCCGUUUGAUCUGUGGAGAACGGGCGCUCAGGAUUACCUCAGGCAUGCAGAAAAGAUCCUGUCCGACUUCCAUGACGUGGUCGAUUGGAUCAGCUCAACAUCAGGCCAGAAUGGAAGCACCACAGAAACAGCCGAGCAACCCGAGGUCAGCAAGGCCCCAGAAACCAAGACGCCCCCGGCGGAUGCCCCUGCAUUCAAAGGCUGGGGAAAGUUUGAAAACGAGAAUGGUAAGAAGCCCGCGGCAAACGGCGCUUCCCAGGAGCAGGGAAAGGCCUUUGCUUGGGCGCCUGCGGGUAAAAGCGGGGAUCUGAGUGCUAGCCAUAAGCCCGGGGACUGGGGAGGGGUCUUUCCUGGUCUGGCCUUUGGAAAGAAGGACGAGGGGUUUGGUGGUUUCACCGCCGGAGAAAAGUCCAAGACGGAUACUGGGGGAAGCGCGCUUCCUGGCUGGGGGUCCGGUUUCAACACUAGCUCGAAAGGGGAGAAGGAAGCAGAAGGUAUGGAGGUGGGGUUCAAAGCAGGGGACAAAAGGAGCGCCUUCAAGUUCCCAAUGGGGGGCGCUUCUGAGGGGCCAAAAACAGCGCCAACUUUCACCACGUCUCUCUUCGGUCAACCUGCCUCUACUCCAGGAACUUCUGCCGCAGUCGCCCCUUCCCCCCUCUUCACUGUCCCUCCUUUCCAACCCUCCAGUCUAAGCGCCCCUCCAACAACGGGCGGGAAAAGUGCUUCCGGUGAAACGCCAAAAACGGGGCCGCAAACCGCACCGGUCUUCUCCGUCCCAAAGUUCCCGAGCCUGGUCCAGGCUGCACUGGUCCCGGCAAUCAAAACCUCGGUCACGCCGGGCGCGUUUGACUGGGCGGCUGGAUUUAAAAAUCCUGUCCCGAAGUCGGGGGCUGCUCCGAGCUUUGCGCUUCCGGGAGCCAAGGCGCUUGCGGGGGGAGCCGAAGAAGAGGGCAAGAAAGAGGGUGCGGAAAAGGAGAAGAAAGGGGAAGAGGAGGCUGGAGAAGGAGAGGCCCCGAGCGAGCCUCCAAGCCCGUCUUUCAAGGCUGCCGAGGAGGAAGGGGUAGAGAACGUCUUUGACACUCCAAUUAAGGUGUACAAAAAGGGGCCAGGGCCCGACGGCAAGUGGGAGGAUCAGGGUACGGGGUCCCUCAUGUUGAAAAGGGACAAGGGGGCGGCGCUCAAGAGCAAGGAGGCGAACGCGCGGAUCGUCUUUCGAAACCCGGGGGGAAAGGUGCUGCUGAACGCGCGGUUGUACGUGGGGAUGAAGCUGGAACUUGGUAAAGAUGUCGUCAACACGAUUUUGCAAACCACGGAGACUAGCACGCCGACGAAAGGCGGAGAUGCAGAAAAGCCGGCAGAGACAGUAACGGAGGUCGUUACGAGGCUGUACGCUUUCAAGCGUCCCAAGCAAGGAGGGAUGGCAUCGGAAGAGCUCAAGGCUGCUCUCGAGAGGCAAGUGCCGAGCGAAGAUGCAUCAAAUGCGAAGUCCUAGGUUCGUCAUGCACUUCAUGUUCGAUAGCUCUCCACUGUGCAAUGACAGUCUUCUUUUUGACAUUGUGCGUCAGUGAAGUUAGAGCAUAUUGCAGUAAUCGCAAGGAUUGGGAACGCAAUCAUGCAAGGUCAGAACGUCUUUUGAUCCUAUUGUGCGUGUCUUGGCUCCCACUCGAGAAAAGCUUGCUUCGCCUGAGCGUCGCUGAGUCAACGUAUGC